AUGGAAGACGGUAAUCACUUACCAUCAGGUGAUCCGUCUCGUGAGGUGUGCCCGCCGCGCGCCAGUCUGACUAUAGCGAUGCGUGCGCUCGCCGCGGUUGUUAUUUUCGCCGCGUUCUUGUUACGCUGUCACGCACACGACGACGUCCCGUCGGCGUCUUGCGAGCGUGACACCGUUCCCCUUCAACUGCUGACAGUGUUCGGCGUUUCACCACGAAGUGCGCUCCAUCGUGCUAUUGAAUGCACCCAAACAAUUGGACCAUCGAAAUGUUUAGCUGCAUUAAGCAUUUGGCGCGCGGAAAAAGCUGCGUCCAUAUUAAAAAGGAAACAAACAAACGAUUUCAACCUCCUUGAUGAUAUCCGUCAGUUUCCAUGGGAACUUUAUGCUAAUCGCUCACAGGAUGAAGUAGAGAGACAACUGUGUGAAGGAACCGACAAGUUGCUUCAGUAUAAAUCUUUAAAGUUCAACAUGAUACCUGGUUAUGAAUUUGAACUUGCAUCGAAUGGAAACGGUACAUUGCACGUUGAUGUAUUAAACGGUCAACCAACUGGUAUAUCGAGGGGAAUGAAAAAUACAUUCUACAAUAUAGUUCCUUAUCUACUCUUGCCCGGUCUUCUCAUGUCUGCGGUCUUGCCAUUCGUCUUGCCUGCCCUGAAAAUGAUGACCAUUGCUGUUGGUAUGCUUAACAACAUGGCUUUAUCAGGAGCAAUCUUCACACUAUUACGGAAUAACGCCUUCAAUGACAGAUACGAUAAAAAAGUUAUGUAUGUCAAUCAUGGGUAUAAAAACGAAAAAAAGCAUUAUAAGCAUCAUCAUCACCAUCACCAGUUACAUCACCCUGAAGUUUAUGAAGUUCAAAAUGAUAAUGAAGAAAAUCCUGAAGAAUUGCAAGCUCAUGAUACUAUGCAGUUUCAUAAUGUUGCUCUACCUGAAAAUGUGAAUGUAGGAGGAGAAAAUGAUUUACAUUUAAUUGAAGAAACACCUGUUACAGUUUUAAGUUCAGAUUGGAUUAAUCAGUAUUAUGGUAAUAAUAACAACAAUGUUCUGAUGUUUGCAAGAAAAAAGUUUAGUAAAACCAGACCAAAAAAUAUUUAAAAAUAUAAAAAAGGCGUCUACCACUAGUCUUCCGUAUUUGUAAGCUUUCGUUAUUUAUUUCAAUUAGUAUCAUAAGUAUUUAUAAAUUGUUAAUUUAGUUGCUUUAAUAUAAAUAUUCUCAAAGCAUCUAUC